AUGUUUGGACAACCACCUCGUUCAGAUUCAGAAUUUUGGAAACUUGUGGGACAAAAUGGAAUUGAUGAUGAAGAAGAUUUACCAACACCAGUAGCUGAAUUAGACAAGGAAACACUGGAUAAUAAAAAAGAUGAUACGAUUAAUUCUGCUGAUGUUAUUGAUAGUGAUGUGGUUAAAAUUGUUGAAAAAUUAUCUGAUGAUGUUGUUUCCAGUUCCAAAGUUUAUUUAGCUACAGCAAAUAAAAAAAUGAAACAAUAUAAAGAUAGUAUAAAUAGUUUAGCAGAUAAAUUUAAUUUAAAUGAUUGUGUUGGAGUUCCAAUUCUUACGGUUGAUAGAACAAAUACCGAUUAG